GUUCAGUAGAUACGAGCCAAGCCCAAGAACACGUGGAUAUAUGCUCUGUCAAACAAAAACACCUUUAAAAUGAUGUUAGGCUAGGCUACUUCAGACUUGAUUGCUUGCAAUUUGGUUACUUCUGGAUACAAGCAGAAAGACAAAAAUGAGACGGGAAGUUAUACUAACUUUGUUUUUCUCAUGGACUACACAUUUGACUAUCGGUGUACUAGUCUUUACACCAAGGCUCAUCCAAGACGUUGCCAUCGGUAACUUACUGCGGUACACCCAGAUUCAAAAGCACACAGUCUUCUUUCACCCAGAGGGCUCCGACGACCUGUAUGUUGGCGGAACAAACAUUGUUUACCGGAUUGACUUGGAGCAAAGUCACCUAGUGGAGAACUAUUCCCUGACCCCAACUGGUGGACAGAACUGCGAAGUGAUUCCGUGUGAGAACAUCAUCACAGUCAUAGAGCAGUUCCAGGACAGCCUGUUUAUUUGUGGGACAAAUGCAUACAUGCCUCUGUGCUGGAAAGUGUAUCCCAGGGUGGGUAACGAUUCAAGCAGGGUGAUGAAGAACAGAGAAGGAAUAGGAAUCUCUCCCCCGGUUUACUCACAGAAAUCCUUAUCUCUCACUGUAGAGGGGGACCUGUAUGCUGCCACCAACCUACAGUUCCGCAGGACGCUUGGUAACAGGAUCAGUGUCUCGAUGCACGAUAAGUGGCUGACUGAGCCCACCUUUGUCUCUGCCAGCUGGAUCAGACGAAGAGAAGACCCGGACCAGGAGAAGAUCUACAUCUUCUUCAGAGAGAAGAACCUGGACUCUAACCCAGACGCCGAUCCCUGGAUCUCCAGAAUUGCCCAAAUUUGCAAGGUGGAUGAAGGUGGGCCAAAGCGUUUCCUUCAGAGCAUUUGGACCUCCUUCUUGAAGGCGAGGUUAGCAUGCGGGAUCCGAGGCGAAUCCCUGUUCUUUAACCGUCUCCAGGAUGUGUUCGUCCAGCAUGCUGACGACUGGCGGGCCAGUCAGGUCUACACCCUUUUCACCAGCAGCUGGAACGCCUCAGCCGUUUGUGUCUAUUCCCUGGACGAGAUCGAGGCUGUCUUCACGAAGUCCUCCUUCCGGGGCUUGAAUAAAGAAAUUCCAAAUCCAAGGCCCGGAGUGUGCGUCACCAACAGUAAGGAAAUUCCAGUGGACACCCUCAAAGUAGUGAGAGAAAAUCCCGAAAUGAGUGACUGGAUCUGGCCGCUUCAUCGCCAGGCCCCCUUCUACGUCAGUGACACUCCCUACACCAGGAUCACCGUGGAUACUGUCACUGACGUUGACGGUCGCCCUCAUAAUGUGCUGUUACUCGCCACUGACAAGGGGAUAAUCCACAAGAUCCUGGAGGACAACUUCACACCCUUCAUCAUCUCUGAGAUGCGUCUUCAUCACCCUGCUCCUGUUCAGUCCAUGAAGCUCAUCUCCAAGAAGGGCAAGCUCUUGGUGGGCUUCAGGGAUCAGGUUGCCCAGCUGGACCUGGGGAGCUGCAGGGAUUAUGGCACGUCCUGUGCUGACUGUGUUUUGGCCCGCGACCCAUACUGUGCUUGGAGCGGUUCAGGGUGUGCUCCAGCAGUGCUGGGAGCAAUUCAAAACAUUGAUGGGGGCACCGUCGAUGUUUGUCCACAGAGCGGAACAGAUCAGCAGCGCAACAGACCGCCAUCACCUGAGCUGCUGGGAGUUUCCCACGUCCUGCCCAUGGGUGUGGCCUUUUACAUGUCCUGCCCUGUGCGCUCCUACCACGCUUCUUACACCUGGGAGCACGAGGGGCAGAGCAGCCCGUGCGUGGCUGCCCAGAGGGAGCCGCAGACGCAGGAGGACUGCCUGCAACUCAUCCCGGCGGUGAGGGCGAAGCACUACGGGACCCAUGAAUGCGUCUCCGUGGAGCAGAACUACACCAGAGUCCUCAAAUCCUACCGGCUGCUCCCACCCAUUGAGAACCGUGCGAGGCGGGCAUGGUGGUCCUCUGUCACCACAUCCCUCUCAGGGCUAGCUCUGGUCUCCAUCCUCUGCCACUAAUGUGAAGACUUAAGAUUGCGAUGAAACCACCAGCACUAGGAAAUGCGAGAGCUUUUGCCGUACUCUCUGACUCAAUUUAGUUUUUUUAUAAUAUGCGUUUCUCAGGGACUGUGAGAGAUGGUGAGAGAAAGUGAUAUGGAGAGGUUGUGUUGGCCACCCUGCCCACUGCACCAAGCAGAAAAGCGUCUAAGGUCUGAUAGUAAAUAUACUGCUACUACUACUACGAAUAAUAAUUAUACUUUGCAAUUAUCUAGCAGUUAUCAGUCUCAAAGCAUUAUGUUAAUGUGUAAAUGCACUAUGCAAAUGCAUUAUUAUUAUAGUAUUAUUAUUAAUAUUAUCCAUUCAUCCAUUAUCUUAACCUACUUAUCCUGAACAGGGUCGCAGGGGGGCUGGAGCCUAUCCCAGCAUACAUUGGGCGAAAGGCAGGAAUACACCCUGGACUGGUUGCCAGUAUAAUAAUAUUCUUAUUAUGAUUAUUAUUCUUAUUAUUAAUAUUAUUAUUAUUAUUAUUAUUAUUAUCAUUGUGUGUCUAUACCGCUCUCUCAUUGAACAUGUGACUCACUGUACACUUUGAACUGUGCGUUACAGUCCUGAACUCAACAUCAGAUUAACUCCCAAAGAUUUGGAUGUUCUGUUGGUGUGAGUAUUGUGGUAUUGACUUUUUCCAUUAGUAAGGAUUACCUGAAGUUUGAAUUUCUGGCUUGUACUGGAAUAGAUGUUAGAGUUGAAGGACUUGGGUGUGUGCAGUACGUUUUAGACAAUGUUACGGGCCAGUUGCACAGUAGAGUAAUGUAUUAUUAACUGCACUUUAGAGCUUGUAGAUUGUGUACACAGAGAGACAGUCUUCAAUUUAGUUUGUUAAUGCCCUGUCUGCUCACAUCGAAACUUCACAAUGUGUAAUAUUGUCAUAUGGAGGGGCUUUAAACCCAGGUCAGAUAGACAAUUGAGUAGACUCCACAGUCAAACAUUGUAGUUAAAUUUAAUGAUUGGCACAAAAGUAGGUUGACUAUGUUUAAAAUUCUGACUCAUUUGAGUUUUUGGAUCUCAAAGAGCCCAGCAUCCGGCAACAUACCUUCUAAAUUUAGAGGAUACUUUCACACUGGGCAUUUCUAAUGCAUGACAAAGGCUAUUGAUUCAUUAUCUUAGCGGGUAUGUUGCAGAGCUAUCAUUUUAUUGAUUUACACUGCAGGGCACAUUCCUUAUGUAUGGUGCCUAGUCCACUUUUGGGAGUGGUUAGAAAACCCAGGAAGUCUUAUUCCUGAAGCACUUUGUUCAUUCUCAUCGCCAAAUAAAUUUGUCAGUUGUGCAAUAUCAGAUUGACUGUUACAAGAAUUCUAUCUUGAUCAGUUUCAAAAGUAUCAAUGCUCCGUUGAGCAUCAAAGCGAUUUAUGCGGGCAAUAAUUAUCAUUUACAGGGAGAAACCAAAUAAAGCAAUAAGACAGUUUCAUUAGUAAUGUAUUUAUUUUAAUGUUUAUUUAUACCGGCAAGUAAACUAUAGCUUUAAAAAAAUGGUCUUUUGCAUUUCAGUAGUUCGUUUUUUCCUUAAAGUCAUGAAGAAUUGAUCGAAUUUAUUUUGUGUACUGGUUUAUUUAUAUAGUCGAGUAAUCAAUAGCUUAAACAAUAGUUCGAGACAUUCCAAAGUUUAAUUUUAAUAAUCCUUUAAUAAUGUUUAUGCAGAAAUUAUUUUUGUGAGUUUAUGCAUGGUAAUAUAUCCACUGUGUUUUUCAUAUAAUUGUUCAGCAUUGGUCCCUCUUGUGUAUGUAUCAGUAUCAAGUGUUCAUACUUAGGAAGCAUUAUUAAGAUUUAUGACAGUUUAGGUAUAUACUCAAAAAAAGCCUAAAAUCUGAACAACAACAACAAGAAAAACGCCAUUAUAGCUGGAUUUGUUUUAGAUUAUAUAAACUUCUUUGGAAUGAUAAAUGCCAUUUGGGAUGGUGGAAUUUGGAUUUCUUCAGAAUAUCAACCAAUAUUGUUUUCUAGGUCUACAUGGGAACAUGAAAAUUAGCUGCUGGUUCCAGAUAAUUCCACAAAGGAGUGCUUGAAAUAAUGGCUUGUGCAAGCUGUGUAUCUUCUGUUAUUUCUGUUUGUCUUUUGCACUGAUAUAUCGUAUUCGUUGGCUACUUGUUAUUGUGGUCAAUGUUAAAUAGUAUGGUUAAAGCAAUAAACAAUGUUUCUUGUGAAAA